AUGGUUGAGCUUGUCAACUGGAGUUUCCUCGACAGUUUUGGUCAUGACAAUUCGGGUUAGUCGUUGCACGAGGUUUUUGAGCAUUCGAUGAGGCAAAACACGCCUGAAAUGCAAAAUUUUAAAUUUUCAGACGUUUUUUACGCUUUUUCGCAUGCAAAACAGCCUGAAGAUCGACGAAUAUUCAAUGGAAAAAAAAAAUGAAGGCGCGCCGGUAUCAGCGAGCGGUUGCUGACGCGUUUUGCCUUCUGUCAUUGACGUAUUUCUCGUGCUGCGAAAAAAUUUGAACACACUCGUGCUUUUGCCUAAAAACUGCCGAUUUUUCUACUUUUGACUUCAUUUUCUCGUAAAAAACAUUGAAAAAUCGAUUACUUCACCCAUUUUAACACUAUUUUGCCGUUAUUUACAGAGAUGCCGUCCGAAAAGCGUGUCAAGUACAUCCUGGUUACCGGUGGCGUCAUUUCGGGCGUCGGAAAGGGUAUCAUCUCGUCGAGUUUGGGCGUUCUACUCAAAAACAACGGAUAUAAGGUUAUUAUGACAAUUUUGAGUGCCAAGAUUUGAAAAUGCGAAAAAUUCGGUGGGAUUUCGAAAUUUCCGGGAAAAAGCAGUGUAAAGCAGUGUAUCAGCAUUUUCACUAAUUUAAGAUUGAAAUUAGAUGGAAAAGCGUCACAAAUCCAUGACAGUUUAAAAACAACAUUUCCAGUUUCUGUCUCUAGAUUCGAAAUUUCUUCAGGUGUCCGCGAUCAAAAUCGAUCCGUACCUGAACGAGGACGCCGGCACGUUCUCCCCGUACGAGCACGGCGAAGUUUUUGUGCUCGACGACGGUGGCGAAGUAGAUCUGGAUCUGGGCAACUAUGAGCGCUUCCUCGACAUUCGUCUGACGCGCGACAACAAUAUUACGACGGGCAAAAUGUUCAAACAUGUGAUGGAACGGGAGAGAAGGGGCGAUUAUUGCGGAAAAACUGUGCAAAUGAUUCCGCAUUUGACUGAUGCGAUUGUGGAUUGGAUCGAAAGAGUGGCCAGAAUCCCCGUGGACGGCACUGACGAGCAGCCAGAUGUGUGCAUUAUUGGUACGGGCACAAAAUGUGAAAAUUAUUAUUUACUUUCGAUUACUAGGAGAAUGGUUUGUUCUUUUCACAAUUAGAGGACAUGAUAUCUCGAAAAUUCUAUAAGUUUUAGUCUGAAAAAAGAAGAGUGCCAAAAAAUUCAGUUGCUCGGGAGUGUAGUAAAAACGCGAUGACGUGCUCUGAUCGAACAGAAAAACAAGAAAAACAGCGAGGAGAACAGGCCGAGCAUUCUAUAUUUCGCGUUGCGCGCGGUAGGUCAAACGGGUCUCGCAGCGAUGUGAGUGUGUUUGACUUUGGACCGGGCGCGGGACCACUCAAUAGUUUCACACCAGUCACUGAAAAUAAUGGAUGUUUACUAGUGAUUUUGAUUGACGCAUGCAGAUGCUGUCUGUCCAUAAACACACGCGUUUGUAGUUUGGUGCGCGUUGUGGUCUUUCCGUCCAUUCAGACAGACCAUUUGACCAGAACCACUUGCUUUUUUUUCUCCUUGCCCAGACUGUCCUCCCAAAGGCAAAUCUGAUUGGCGCCGCAACGCUACGAGCGGAGUGUCGCUGAGAAGAUUGUUUUCGCUAACGUGCGGGUUUACUAGUAUCGCUGAUGGUGGACGAACGCGCGCUUUUCGUCGCUAAGUGUCAUCAUCACUAUUUUGUUAAAAUUUGUAGUAGGUUUCAUUGGCAAUUUACUUUAUGUACUCUUCGUUCUUGUCAUAUUUUCGUUGAAGCAGUUGCUUCUUUUUGGACCCCAGUUUGGAGUUUUGGAACAACCAAGUUUUACUCAAACCUCUACCCGGAUAGCUCCUUCAAAAACAGUCAAAUUUUUUUUACAGAAAGUGAAAUCCAUUAAUUCUGCAAUUUCCAGAACUCGGCGGCACGAUCGGAGACAUCGAGGGAAUGACGUAUUUGUCGGCGUUCGAGCGCUUCCAACGUCCGACGCUCAAAAAUCAUCUGAUGAACGUGCACGUCUCGCUGAUUCUGCAUCCGAACGCGACGGGCGAGCCGAAAACGAAGCCGAUGCAGAAUUCGGUGCGCCAUUUGCGGGCCGCCGGUCUCGUGCCGGACCUCCUGAUUUGCCGAUCGACGGAGGCGUUGGAGCCGCAUUUGCGCGAGAAAAUCGCCCGAUUCGGAAUGAUGGAUCUGGAGCAGAUUGUCGGCGUGCACGACGUUUCCAACAUUUACAAAGUGCCGCUUUUGCUUCAGCAACAGGGCGUUUUGGAGGUGAAUAUUGCGAUUUCCCUAUUUUUCUAUGAAAAACUCCAGCUCUGUAUACAUUUUCGCAUUUCCAGGCAAUCACGCACCGUCUCGGUCUUUCGCCGAUCAGCGAAAACAUUCGAAAAGAGCUGAAAUUCAACAUGCAGCACUGGAAGAACCUGUCGGAACUGUGCGACACCUUCCAGCAGGUGGUCCAAAUUGCGCUCGUCGGAAAGUACGUUAAAAUAGCGGAUGCGUACGCGUCGGUCAACAAAGCACUGUCGCAUGCGGCGAUUCACGCGAAGAGAAAGCUCAAAAUCACUUACGUGGACUCGGAAUUGCUGGAGAACAAGCCGGGAAGCGAGGAACAGUCGGCCGCCGCGUGGAACAGCGUCAAAAACGCCGAGUAAGUCGCGAGUUUGCAGAUUUUUCACGGAAAAUUGCGUUUUUCUGUAUUUCUCAAGUAGCGAUCACUAGCAGUACUUGUGGUCUAAAACUGGCAAAAAAUGGGCGGUGUUGAGCAUUUAUAAUAAAAACAUCAAAUUAUUCCAGUGGAGUGCUCGUGCCGGGCGGAUUCGACAAGCGCGGAGUGGAAGGAAUGAUCAACGCGGCCGAGUAUUGCCGUACCAACAAUGUUCCGUACUUGGGAGUGUGUCUGGGAAUGCAAGUGGCCGCCGUCGAGUUUGCGCGCAAUGUGCUCGGCAUUCAGGGAGCCAACUCGACCGAAUUCAACUCGAAACUCACCGAGGACCAGCAAAUUGGUGAGGAAUUGCCAAAUUUCACGAAAAUUCCUCUCGGAAAUUGCAUUUUCCCGCGAUUUUUCAGCAGAAAACCCAAUUUUUUGCAGUGAUUGACAUGCCGGAGCACAAUGUGGAGGAGAAGGGGCUGGGCGGUACGAUGAGACUCGGAAGACGUUCGACAGUGUUCCUGACGGACGAUUGCACACUUUGUGAGUUGAGGAUCUGCGGAAAAUUUUGCUUUUCCAGGGCUGGGCAAAAGGCCGCUUCUAGCCUACUUGGAAUGAUCCGAUCGGGCCCAAACUUUGCAGGCUUCUUGAAAUUGGAUUGAAGUAUUUUGGGCCCGAGUUUCAUUCCGAUAGGAUUUUCUGAUCUCGAGAUAUACUGGUUUCAGGCCGAAAAGUCGGGUGUUUGUGAAUAAUUUCUGCCUUUUCGGCCACUGAUCAAAAUCAUAUUCGAAUUUGCAGACAAGCUGUACGCCGCGCACACAGUGGAAGAACGUCAUCGUCAUCGGUACGAGGUGAAUCCACGUGUCGUGCCGCAAAUGGCCCGCAAAGGAUUCUUGUUUGUCGGAAUGGGCGUCGACGAGCAGAACACGGACAUUUGGGACGUGAAGAAGCGGACGGAGAGCAGUGCGGAACUGAUGCAGAUGGCCGAUCAGGCAGAGAUCGGCCUCCUCAACAAAGUCGACGAAUUGUGCCAGAGGGGCGGCGACGGAGUCACCCGGCCCGCCGUCCGCAUGGAACUGUUCGAGAUGAAGGGUGAGCUGAUUGUUUUUGGGAUUUUUUACCAUAAAGGGGUGGCUUUGAGAAGCAAUUUUCACGUUAUCUUUAAUGUAACAGAAUAAAACAUUUUUUUAACUAGAAGCACACAAAGAUUUUAAAAUAAAGAAAACAAGGUAUUUCUCUAAAUUUCUUUCGAUUCCAGACCACCCCUACUUUGUCGGCGCCCAAUUCCAUCCGGAGUAUCUGUCGCACCCGCUGAGCCCGUCGCCGCCGUUCUUCGGACUCCUUUUGGCGGCCACCAACCAGCUGACUCCGUAUUUUUCGGGCUCGAGAAGUCCGGCUCUGGCGGUCGUCAACGAGGAGGAUCACCGGCAUCCGAAGGAGAACGACGUCGUCGGAGCGAUGCUCGGAAAGCUGAAAUUGGAGGGCAACGUGGCGCCGGGAACUCAACGUCUCGCCACUUUCCAUUAA